AUGGUAUCAGCCGAUAUUCAGUGGCAGGUUAUUCGAAAGACAUCGUCAUUUCUGCGUCGACAACGUGGAAUCCCGAAACAUUUUAGCAGAGAACGUUUUAAUAUCAAAGGUGUUAACAGUAUUCGUUUCAAUGGAUUGGUUCAUAGAAAAGGUUUGGACAUCCAGGCAACAUCUGAUGGUAAAGGCAUUGUAGUGGUAAUGAAGAAGCGAGGUAAAACCUUUUUCCCUGCUAAGUCGGGCGUGUCGGUUACGCUGAAAAAGAACAGUCGUAAAUCGUUAAAAAGCGUGAAGAAUAUUGCUCGUAGUUGCCGAAUUCCUCAUAAAGGAUUGGCUCAGAAACGAGCUUCUCAGCUACUUCGUUCAUUGAAACCGGUAGCAUCACGCCGUGGACGACGUGUGCGCAAGACAGAAGUCUGA